AUGAAAUAUGAUAAUGAACAAACUAAAAAUAAUAAAUUAAUUAUUUUACAACGAUCAUCUCAAAAGAAAAAAAAUCAUUAUUUAGAUAAUAAUAAUAAUAAUAAUAAUAAUAUUGAUUGUUUAACAGAUAGUUUUAUUACUAUAUACAAAAGUUCUAUAUGGUGUAUAAAAUUCAUAUAUGAACUUUUUUUUAUAACACUUUGGCAAGUUUUAUUAUUUGCUAAAGAUGAAAUACAUUAUGAUCGAAAUGAUUUUAUGAAAACUAAUAAUAGUUUAGAUGUUAUGUCUCUUAAUAAUUCUGCAAAAGAAAAUUCUUCUGAAAAAAUCUAUCGAAAACUGCCACGUCAUCAUUUAUCAAUGAUUGAAACAAAUAAUCAAGAAAAAUAUCAUAAUCAAUUAUUGAAAAGUAAUUCACGUGAAAAAAUAUCAUCAAAUAUAAAUUUACUUUCAAAUAAAACACGUAUAACUGUUCGUUCAAUAUCAAAUCAAAAUUUAAAUCGAGCACAAUCAAAUCAUACAUCUUCAAUUGAACAAAAAAAUCUAAAUAAUACUUUAGGAGUACUUAAUUCACAUAUUAUUGUAGCACCUGUACAUUCAUCACAUUGUCAAAAUAUGACAACAAAAAAUAAUUUACGUGAUCAAUUAACUGAUAGACUUUGUCGUCAUUCAUAUGAACCAUUAAGAUGUAUGAAUCAUAGAAUGUUUUAUGAACAUUAUCGACCAUUAUUCUUUUCGCAUGGACAUUGUCAUCGUUCAGAACAUUAUUUUCCACCAUCUAUACCACAAAAACAAUUAAAUAAUGAAAGAGAGUUUUCUCAAAAAUCGAAACAAUCUCCACAAAUCGAAGAAAUAAGUGAAAGUCAACCUACUCCAUAUUCAGGCAUGUCUUUCAAAUGA